AUGGUCAAUGUGUUUUUUCUAUCAGCACUGGAUUUAUGUUCCAAGUGCGGCAAAGCCUUCACCUUGCCCCAAGAAGUGACUCAGCACAUCAAAAAGAACGCGUGUCAGUUCCUCGAACCGCACGCCAUCAACAGUUCUGGUCUUUGGAACUGCAGCCAGUGCCUCUUCACAACCGACUCCCAAGCCGAAUGCUUCUUCCACGAAGUACUCCAUACAACACCACUCCAGGAAUCGGCUGAUACCAAAACCGUCAAAUACCCUUGUCCUUUAUGCAAUAAGAUAUUUAAAAAGAAAUCUCUGAGGGAACAUUUGAGACAGCACACGUUAGAGCGGCCGUACGCUUGCCCAAUUUGUGGGGCAAAUUUUACAAGACAGAGCAGUCUCAGUAACCACAUGAAGGCAAUGCACGAGGAACCUCAGGGCGCGAGCCACACCUCAGAAAUUGUUAAAAAAACUGAACCCAAAUGUGGGAGAUGUAAGAAGAAGUUCAAGGAUGAAAAAGAAUUGAAGGAUCAUUCUUGCCCAGUAUUUGAAUUGAAAUGCCCUGAAGAGCAGUGCACGUUUGUAGCGAGUACUCCGUCACAAUUGUUCAGGCAUCGCCGAAGUCAUGGGAUAGCGAAGGUACAUGAAUGUUCAGAGUGCGAUUUUAAAACAGAUCAAAUAAGCCAUUUGAAGCGGCACAUGGUUUGUCACAAGGGAGAGAAACCAUACGCCUGUCCGCAUUGUAACUUCACUUGCGGGAGCUUGGAAAAUCUACGUAAACACGUACUCAAAGGCAAAAAACAUCCAGGAAUGUAUCUUUAUCAAUGUAAAUGUUGUGAAUACCAAACUAAUUUAGCAACUGAACUUCGGAUGCACUAUAUAACUAAACAUGCCAACAAAUAUGAUCAAAAAGCUGCCGUUGAAGAAGUUAAAAAUCAAUUGAAAGUCAAAUCGGUUUAA